AUGAUAACUAUUGCAUUGUAGGACGUCGUCAGCUCAUUGAGGCGUCAGCUCUUCUCCUCCAUCAUAUGGAUUAACAUCCGACAAUAAUGACAGGGUACCAGCUUUGUACCUACGGUAUAUCUACGGCAUUCGAAUCCACAUACCGUACGGUACCAGCCUGUACCCAGUACCGCAUUGCCUCCCCGUUCCAGGGGAGGGGUUAAGACGCUCAAUCCCACUUUUAGUAAUCGGGCACCCACCGCAGCCCACACGCGGCAUCCCAAGCCACCAAAUUUUGCACGCGGUGCAUUUACAUAUAAAUUUGGUAGGGUAGCCCGAUUUUGAGCUGCAACGAAGCCCCUCGCGCUGCGCACGGACUCGAUCAUUUUUCGGCAUGCCGCGAUCUCGGCCUAUACGCGCGCUCGAGGGACGGCGGCUGCUGCGCUGGGACGCUCGACUAUGCAUUUCCAUAGGAAGUGGCCUUUGUUUCGACGCUGCGGGCCCAGAAGGUGGCCGAUUGCGUGACUUUGUCCAGCUCUCUCUCGGUGUCGCGGGUGUCGCGGUCCAGUCUGGUGCGUGCUGCGUCAACGACGCCUGCGUGGGUAACUUCUCACUUAUGGUGGAGGGUGGUGGACGCCUCUUCCACAGGUGGGCCACCGCCACCGGGGCCCGGCCCACCCUGCGUCGCGCGCGCCACCGGGCGCGAAGCAGUCCCCGCCAACCACGUCCGGCAGAGAUGGGGGUUGGUGCGGAUUUACAACAAGCGAGAAGGGGAGGGCUGGGGAAACGGGAGAGAGAGUCCUCGGGGAGGCAGGCGAGCGCUGCCCAGCGAGCCAUACAUUACAAGUACCGUAGGCGUAUCUCGGCCCUAAUGGGCCUUGACGUAUGUUUCCAGACGAGGUAUUUCUAA